AUGCGUUCCAGUAACGUCUUUUAUGUUUUAGUAUUGAUUCUUUCAUUUAUAAAGAAAUCUUAUCCAAUGCUAAAGUUAUAUAAUAAAUAUGAUGAAGAAUUCGCUUCUUUUCGUAAUGUUGAUUUGCCUGUUACCAACUCUUAUACGCAAGUGACGGGAAAUUUAUUUAUCGCUUCAUUUCAAAAUAAUCAAAUGAAACAAGAUCCAUGCAUAAUACGAGAAAUACCGAAUGAGGUUGAUAUAUUGGUCAUUCCGUUCCUACAAGCGCUCAAUUUGGGAUGCAAGAGUUAUGCAAACAUUUUACAAAGUAAUUCUUGGACCAACACAUCAAAUUCGAUCUCAAAUUACGAUGAAGCUGAUAAUAAGGAUUCGAGUCCGAUAAUAGGUCAAACAACAGAUACCGCCACUAUAAUUCCACCAACUUUAAACGAUACUACAUCCGUUACCAAUGAUCAAGAACAACAUCAAAUUUCGCCUUCCUCCAUCCCAACCAUUUCAAAUUCUAAUGCAUAUUCAAACGAUGAAAUUCAGAAAAGUGAAUUAGUCAAUAAUACACCUAAAUUAGUCAUCUUUUCUUCUUCCCAUAAUGGAAUCCCCGGAAUAAAAGAACAAUAUAAAGGAGAUAUUAAAAUUCUAAGAACUGCGACUCUUAUUAUAACAUUAAUAAAUUGUGAUGAUAUUGAUGAUUUAAUAAAAAUUGCAAAUGAAGUUACUUACGUAAAGGUGACAGCAAAUGAAGGUCCAUGGAUAGAAUUUAUGAAAAGUUCAUUCGUUCUCCUUGAAUUAGAUCCCGGUGAUAUUUAUCAAGAUAAACUUGAAAUAAAUACAAAAGUAAUUUUUUAUUGUCUAAAAAGAUAUUUGGUUGAAGGGUCGUACACAAUAUUGUACAUGUCAUGGGUAAUCGUAGCGGGGAACAUUUGUAAAGAAAAGAUGUAUAAACCAUUACUAUUCAUUGAAACCUCUAAACUCUUUAAAGCUGUCCCACCAAUAUCGGUCUCGACUUUUACAUUAUGUUUUAUAUUACGCCUAGUUUAUAAGGAUAAGUCAAUGUUACCUUCUAUAAUUAUAUUGCUGAAAGUUUUAUUUAUUAUUGAAUCAAUCGCCUUGGGAUUAAUUGGAUUAGGAUUCCUCGUGUUUGGAAUCCUAAUAAUUUUUGCAUUGAGAAGGAUACGGUCGAUACAAAUAAAGAUUUUGUUAAUGACAUUCUUCAUCGUAUUCUCGAUUGCUAUCUAUAUCAGAAGCAACAAUUUGGAAUUUCUGGUAAUAACUGUUAAGAAUUUUCAAGUUGAUCAGUUCGCUUGUAGUAUUAUAUCAAUAUUUACCUGCAUCAUAAUGAUUUUUACUCUUGAGGAUAACUACAUUGGACGUUAUUUACCAUCAAACGUUGAAGUUCAUCAGGAUGUAACCGAAAUGAAUAUUAUAGAGGAAGGAUCGGAUCAAGAUAGAAUAAUAGAUAAUUAA